AUUCGACCCCGAUUGCUGUGUACCUAUUUUCUGCGGUUUUGCGCUUGGAUCACGACUCUUCCUGUCAGACCGAGGCUGUAAUUGUGAUUGCUUAUAUCCGUCAUAAUCAGACACGCCCAAGGAUACGCCUUGCCAGUACAGCAGCAAUGGAAAUGCAGCAAGACGACCAAUCGCGUCGAGUGCCCUCCAGUGGGAAGCUGGUCAAGAGACGGCCGGUAGGGGGCCAAUCUCCACGCCGCCAACAGUCAUCCAGCAGCUUCACGACAGAGUCCGUGGCACCCACAGCGUCAAUGGAGCGCAAGUCGCGUUUCCGGCUGUCAAAUCCUUUUUCUUUCAAGGACAGGGACAGGGAUAGAGACGAGGGUAAAGAGCGGCCAGGCGCCAACAUCAAUCCAACUCCACAGACGGCCCACGACUCGGCCUACGGGAGUGGGAGUCUUGGGGAUGGACACGACGGCAACAACGACAAUGGCCGCUCCGUAACCGAAACAAACAGCAGCGGCGCCCCGAGCACUACCCUGACGAGCCUCGAGUCCCAGCGCUGGAACUCGCAGCCUGGGAGCAAUGCCAACAACCACAGCAGUAGCAGCCAGAACAAUGACUACCUGCAGCCUCCGCCACAAACCCUCGUCACGCCGCCCACGCCUCCCGCGCAGCCCGUGACCCAGCCCUCAACGGGGGCCGAAGGCGGCGGGCCCGUGUCGCAGCAGACGUACCACGACGCGCGCACGGGCAACACGGUGACGACCACGACAACGACCACGACGACGACCACCACCACCACCGGCCCUAGCGGGUCCACCACGGUCCAGACCCCCACCCCGCGCGCGGCCGCGGCCGCCACCGGCCCCGAGGUUACAGCGCACGUCACCAGCACCACGGGGCCGGACCCUCCCGACCCCGCGCCGCCGGCCCCCACCUCCUCCUCCUCCUCGCAGCGGCAGGGGUCACCGCCGGUGCCGCAGAGGAACCAGAUCCGGAACAGGGUGGAGCUGUCGGCGUCGCCGGGCCACGAGCUGCAGAACCCGAUGGCGGUGUCGCCCGUGUCGCCGACGGCAUCGCCACCCGCGCUCGGCGGCGGCGCGCGGCAGGUGGCAGAUCCCUCGGAGGGCCAGGUCGACCCCCUCAGCCUGCCGCAAAAGUCCACGAUCGCGAACCUGAAGAGCGCCGCGAGCGGCAUCCACGGCGCGGCCGAAACCCUGCGCGGGACGCUUAACGACUCGGUCGACAAGCACUUUGGCGGCGGCGCCAAGGCCAGCCAGAACCAGGCCGUCAUCGAAGCCGGCCGGGCCGAGAUGGAGGCGGCGAAGCGGCGGUCGCUGCAGCAGAGGCAGCAGCUGUACCAGACGCAACAGCAGAUGCCGGCCACGCCGCCACCGGGAUCGCAGCAGCAGCAGCAGCAGCCACGGUCUCGGGGGCCCGUCGAGCCGGACGCGAACGAGGACUAUUAUCAUCCUGGAAUGGCGGCGGCGACAGCAGCCCAGAGCGGGGGAGGAGGGGCCGGUCGGCGCAAUUCGAGCGAGUUGGCGGCGGGCAGCGAUAGCCCCAGCAGCCUCAGCGGCAGCAGCUACACCGCGAGCGUCAACGGCACCACCGUCAGCGGCGGCGGCGGCACUUUUGCGGAAGGUAGCAGCAGUGGUGCUGGCCAUCAUGCCCCCGCCGCUCCGGGGCCGGCGCAGCAGUCGCACGGCAGCAAGAGCAAGGCUUUGGGGAACUUUGUCAGAAUGAUGAGCCAGGGGCCGAUGAAUCGUCAGAGGCGAGAGGGGAACCUGAGCGUUGUGGACGAGUAAUGAGACACAGGAAACAGGGACGGUCAGGAAGAGGAAUCGUGUGACUUUGGUUAGGGCGAAAGGCGUUCGUUAUAGGGGGGCUUCCACUGGGUGGCGUUUAUACGUUCUAUGUCUUUUCGUAAAGCACGUGUCAUCUGGCAAUCGGCGUCGUGGGUGAUUCUGCAGAUGUAGUGCCUACAUGAUUACAAGACCCGAG